AUGACGGGGGAAAAGGCAACGGAACAACAUUUGGCUCAGUUACCAUCGCAGAACGUUCUGUACGGAGAAUUGCCAAAAGGAAGUGGGCGAACUUGGUGUAGUGAUCAAAGCAAACUAACAGAAGCUAAGGAUGGAAUAAAAACUUAUCUUAAAGUAGAUAGCCAUGCUGAGGACUACGCAAAUAAAAUUGUAGAGGCAUGGUGUUAUACACAUCGAACAGGGGGGGUCAACACCCACACUGAUGAACUUUGUUAUGAUUUCUAUUAUUGGUUGGGAGGUAUAAUAUCAGAGCAUUCAACAGUUCCUGAAUCGUUUCCAACUAUCAUAGGAGCAAUUUAUGGUAUAUUAAAGGGAAGAGCUCUUGGAAAUAUAUGCACUAACCUAUACGGAAAUAUUAGCUUGGACAUUUUCCAGCAGAGGAAACUAAUGUAUGAUUAUUAUAGAGACUACCUACUUAUUGAGUCAUAUUCAAGUUUAGCGCAGAAAUCUUGUGUCCCAGCAUAUCACCAACAUUUAGAAAAGCUAAAAGGAGCAUGUACAACUGUAAAUACAUACUGCCCAAAUGGAAAAGGUACUAAUGAUCCCUUUUGUACCUGGUUUAGUUCGAAGAUGACUGAUGGGAAAUGUGACGAAGAAAUAUUGAAAUGUAAUCCGAACCCAGGUUCUUCCGGUUCCGGUUCUACAGGAACGUGGAACCCAGGUUCUUCUGGUACCGGUUCCACUGGUAAUCAAAACACCGGUAGUCCAAGACCAGGUUCUACGGGAACUUGGAAUCCAGGUUCUUCUGGUUCCGGUUCUUCCGGACCAGGGUCGACAGGACACCAGUCUCCCGGUUCCUCUGGACCAGCAGCCACUGGAACUUGCAGUCUAGAUUCCUCUUAUACAUGUAAUUUAGUGGAUGGUGUUUCUGGUGGAGAAGGAAAAGGAGGGAGUGACGGUGGUGGUAGUCAUAGAAAGGAAGGUGAACCAGGUUCCGAUGGUAGUGUCGCCCCUGCUGCUGUGUCUGGUGCAUUAGCUGCAAUAGGAUUACCAACAUUGGCAUACUUUUUUUACAAGUAUAAACCUUUCAUUUUGAAGAAGCAUAACCACUCUGGAAAUGGAAGAAAAAAAAGGUCCCCUAGGAGAGAAUUUAAUGAGUUUGAGGAGCACGACUAUGACGACGGUUCUUCUACAGAAUAUUCGUCCGAAUAUUCAAUCCCAUAUACGUCAUCAUCAUCCACCAGAUGA